AUGGUCAAGUUUGGAGGACUGGGUGGUUUACUCGGUGUCGGCUUACUUGCCAUUUUGUUUGAUGCCGUAUUCCUGUUGUUACGGCAAAUCGAGGCAGCAUUUGGCCAAAACAUGCGAAAUCUCACACCAAGGCUUGAUUAUCAACAUAAGCCACGGUUUGCCUUGGCUGCUGUGUCUCAGGCUAUGGCCCUGGCGGUUGCCUUCAUCUUCACCAUGAAGGAUCAUCAAUGGCCAAUAUACAUCCUUUUUGUCUUUCCCAUGACGGCAGUGGCGACAUUUCUGGGAUAUCUCAGCCAUGGUCAUGAACCGGAGUAUCUCAACGACUCCGUCUCGGUCCACUCUCUCCCGGAGAGCCAGGGGCCUCCAUUCUGCCAAACAUGCCGGUCCACCAUCUUCUCAAAUGCCCUCACUGGCCCGACUCACCAUCUCACUGCCGAUAGCUUGUAUAGAUAUCGUCAGGAUCCCUACAAUCUUCAUGGAUGUCAGUUUCAGAUGCGACAACGUCAAGUUGCCGAUAGCUGGAUUAGACCUGGCAUGUUGGACCUUCGAAAGCGCAUUGCACUUACUCAACUGCCAUCUCACACUGGCUCUGACCAAAGCUUGGCAGUGGCAGCAAAAUGGCUUCAGCAUUGCACCAUCUAUCACGAGGUGUGCUGUUCCAAUCAAGACCGGUCAUUUCGGCCCUCGCGUCUUCUGUAUGUCGAAAACGAUGCCGUCUGCCUUCAUACCACCCGGAAGAUGCCCAAGAGGGUCCGUUACUUGACUCUCAGUCACUGUUGGGGCAAGCUGCAUAUUCUCAGAUUAUUGGAAUCCAAUGAGGAUUCUUUCCACCUGGAUAUUCGUAUGCAAUCGCUGCCCAAGACCUUCCAGGAUGCGAUCCACAUUACACGGCGUCUUGGAUUCUCUUAUCUCUGGAUUGACAGUCUUUGCAUUAUACAAGACUCCAAAGAAGACUGGUUGCGAGAGGCUGCACUCAUGGGCAAAAUCUACAAGAAUGCAGCAUGCAACAUAGCAGCCCCAGAUGCCUCCAGCGGCCAGCAAGGCUGUCUUUACCCACGGAACCCACGGACAAUACAGCCCGAACCGAUGAACUAUGGAUCUGAGAAUGAAGAGUACCUUGUCAACGAGACAGACAUUUACGAUGACCAUGUUCUGUAUUCCAGAGCAUGGGUCCUCCAAGAGGCCAUACUGGCACGACGGACACUGGACUGUGGUCGGGGCCAACUCUUCUGGCGAUGCAGUGAGAUGAGGGCGUCCGAGGUCUUUCCAGGGGGCGUUCCAACCAAUAUCUACCAUGAUGACCACCCGGCGUCCAAGUUCAAGGCCAUCUCCACUGAUAACGACCAAGUCAUGAUCACAGCAAACAUCCUGGAACGCCGUCUCAGCAGUCUAAAGACACGGUUGCAAAUUCCGAUUGCCCCGGGAAGGGGGUCCCUUGAACGAUACACCGAGGCCCCUUUUGCGUUCUGGUCUGCCAUCGUGGGAGAGUACACAAAGAUGAAGUUGACCAAGGACACGGACCGGAUAGUCGCACUCGCCGGUAUCACGGAUGUCUUCAGACCGUUCUUUGGCGAUCACUGGUUCGGAAUGUGGCGCAUCUUCAUGCCCCUAGAGCUGCUAUGGCAAGCUGGAGGUACGGGUCAACGGCCGUCCACGUUGCGAGCGCCCACCUGGUCGUGGUUCUCUGUUGAAAGGCCAGUCUAUUACACGAGCUGCGAGUUCAACUACCGUCGUGACCGGCUCAUCACAGAAUUCAUUGAUGCAGAGGCGGUAGGAGAAAACGGGAUGCGUCUCCGUCUAUCAACACCCUUACUGCGAGCAACGUGGUCUAGCUUGAAUGAUUUCGGAACGAGCUGUGUCAUAUCUAGCCUCGAAGGUGAAACGCGCCGAAUGUCGUUUUUCGGUAUUCCCACUAUCCCCGAUACCUAUGGAGAUGUCUCUUUCGAUCACUGGGACGAUGGUGCGGUGACUGAAGAUGUAUUCCUCAUGUGCAUACAGAUACGAAGGAGAUCCGGAAGCAUAGCGUUGGGGCUGGUGCUGCACGAGGUGGAUGAAGGGGUGUAUGAGCGACUAGGACACUUCUCUAUUCCAGAGGACUUGAUCGAGCCGUUCUUGGACCGAACGACGAGAAGAGAGGUAGUUCUUAUGUAG